AUGGCAAUUCUUUCUUCCAACCUCGUAAAUUCCAUCAGAAUUGCGUUCUAUGCGUUUGUUUCAUAUCUUCUGCUCACAGAUCCGAAAUCUGUUCUCGAGUAUGAAGGGCUGAUUAUCCUCGCUUCGUCUAUGAACAUGCCCCUUUUGUUAACGACAGAAGGGUCUUCCAUCUACGGGGCCCUGGCAUUGCUCUUGUUCAUGACUGCACUGAGCGAUCUGGUGCCUUUGCUGGACGGGAAUCAUGGCUAUUUUGAGGCCACCAUCCCAGCCAGACUUCUGUUCCACUUCGCUCUGGUAUUCUACUCAUACAUGGGAGGAAACCCGAUCAUUUCCAAUUCGUUGAUAUUUGGCUACUGUUUCAUGGAGAUCUGGUUUUCUGUCUUGAUUUUCAGCUCGUUGAGGGAUGAGAAAGUGGAGAGAGUGAAAAACGAGCAGAAGAAGGCUUUGGAUCUGAAGGAGAAGUACGAAAGAGGCGAACUCAAUGAAGAAGAGGAGGAGAAGCUGACCAAGGAGCUAGAGGAAAUCGAAAUGAAGAAGAUUAUGAAGGAGUUUGAAGACAAAUAG